UACGAAGUUAGUUCUGACAUAGUAAUGUUGUGUAUUGUUGGUAUGUUACUUUAACUAAAAUUUUAGUGAUUGCAUUAAUCGGCAAUAUUUUUACUACUCUUAAUGAAAAUUUUUUAUUUUAGUUUUUAAUAAAAUUCAUUUAUUACUAUAAGUAAAGUUUUUGAAUUUAAUAAUGAUAAACUAGUAGGCACUUAAAAAAAAUGGAUUCGGUGAUCAAUUGGACAUCUCAAGCAGUGUCCCAUUGGCUUCAUAAAAAGGGUCAUGGUAAAUAUUCUCAUCUACUAACAGAAGAACAUUGUAUUGAUGGCCGAGCUUUGUUAUUAAUAAAUGAAACUGAUUUAAAAUCUCCUCCUCUUAGUAUUAAAGUUUUAGGAGAUAUUAAACGUCUUAUGUUAGAUAUUCGACAGUUAAAAGUUGAAAAUCGACAAUCUCUAAUACAGCUUGGAUAUGAUCCUAUAUCGCUACUUUCUAAACCGAUUUGUAGUACAAAUGUUUAUGGUACUCACUUCCGUCCAGAUGGAUUUAAUUUAUAUGAUGAUAUUCAUAUGAAUCAUGGAUCAGAUGUUACAGCGACAUCUUCACAUAGUUCCGAAUUUGAAGAAGAUAGACGUUUAAAGCCAGAGGUAUGGAAAGCUCUUAUUGCAAUGACCUAUCUUUUCACGGUCACUUGGAUAACAGCUUUUGUGAUGGUAAUUGUACAUGAUCGUGUACCUGAUAUGAAAAAGUAUCCACCUCUUCCCGAUAUAUUUCUUGAUAAUGUUCCUUAUAUAUCCUGGGCGUUUCAUAUGUGCGAAUUGACUGGUACUGUUUUGUGUUUCAUUUGGUUAACAGUUCUACUCUUCCAUAAACAUCGCUUUAUUUUAUUGCGACGUUUUUUUGCUCUUUCUGGAACAGUCUUUUUAUUACGAUGUAUUACUAUGAUAAUAACAUCCUUGUCUGUACCAGGAACUCACCUAGAAUGUACUCCUCGUACCAAACCAGCAUAUUUAGAAGAAGGUAACUUUUUUGGUGAAAUGAUUUAUAAAAUGCAGCAAGCUUAUGUGAUUUGGAGAGGAGCAGGCAUGUCAAUUCAAGGGGUCCGUACUUGUGGAGAUUAUAUGUUCAGUGGACACACUGUUGCACUGACUAUGUUAAAUUUUUUUAUAACGGAAUACACUCCAAGAGACAUAUAUCUGCUGCAUACAUUUAGUUGGCUAUUAAAUAUGUUUGGUAUUUUUUUUAUAUUGUCUGGCCAUGAACAUUACUCUAUAGAUGUCUUCAUUGCAUUUUAUAUUACAUCUCGACUAUUUUUGUACUAUCAUACAUUGGCUAACAACCAACUUUUAAACAAUAAUGUGGAUUCCUGUCGCACGCGGAUCUGGUUCCCACUAUUCAGUUUUUUUGAGUCAUCGUGUAACUGUAUGGUGCCUAAUGAAUAUGAAUCACUUUCAGAAAUAGCAGAAAAUUUAGCAUGUUUAGUAUAUAACAAUUAUUUAAUUAUAAAGUCUACUAUUAAAACUCAAAUUUUAUUAUUACGUGCAUUACCUUCCAAUCAGUUUAAUAAAAUAAGUUCUUCUGCAUUAGGAAUUACAAAUGUAAUUAGUAAAUCUAAUGUGUCUCACGUCACUGACUUAAAAAAAGAAUAAUUAUUUAAAACAUUGUUAAAAAUUGAAAAAGGUUAUUUAAUUCAGAUUUAUUACAACACUUAUGUCCAUAUGUUUGUAUUAUUAUAAUUACUAAGAAAUUAAUGUGAUAAAUUAAGAAAUUUAAAUUAAUUUUUGACUGAUGUUAUAGAUUUAUUUUUAAUACUAUGAACCAAAAAUUUUAAUUUUUAUCAAUCAUUAUUUAUAUAAAAAAAAUAGUAAUUUUCAAGUAUCAUUUCUUUUACAUUUAGGCCACUGGAAAAACAAAAAAGAGAAAUACCUAUCUUAAAUAAAUUUAAAUUGUGUUUUAAGUCAUACCGAACAAAAUAUGUUAAUUAACUAUAAUGUUAAAGUAAUGAAUGUUUGUCUUCCUAUUGGCAAAAUUGUUUUCCUAGUCUUUAUUAUUUAUUAUUGAAUAACUAUUUAUUCUAUUUAUUAUUAUUAUUUUUAUAUCAGAUUGUUACUUUUUUCUUUGUUUAUAUCAAAGAUGUGUUACAUAAUUUUUAUACUAUACAAAAUUUAAUGGUGUUUUAAAUCAGAGUAUUAAAAUCUUUAUAAGUGAUAGUUA